CUUGCUUGUCGUCUUUUCUUCAAUCUGUCCUUAUUGUUGGGCCCGUCGUUCGCUCAUCGUAUACGGCCGACCUCCAGCUGGCAUUUUACGACGAGAUCAUGGACAAUUCCUCUCAGAGAGAACAAGCUGAGAAACCCACUGUUCCAGCCUGCCGUCGAUGCUUCUCUGGUAAUGGCCAAGUCGAAGACUUCAACUCCAUCGCAACACCCUCCGUCCUACAAACUAAUGUCGAGCAGGCCCAGGAAAGUGAGGAAACAUCACCCGUACAAUCAGGAUUGCCAUCGUCUCUCGACCUUACAGACUUGCCUUCCCUGGUCAUGGUCACUGAGGAAGCUCAGAAUGCUACCACAACCAAUAUCCUUUCUGUACUUCCAGGCAUGCCAUCUGUGUAUCCCGCACGAGACGCUACUAGGCGCCUAUGAAUUGCGUAGAGACAAGAAGGCAAGGUGCCUGCAGCCCGAAACUGCUAUUGCAUUAGCUGCUGCUUUAUCGUUUCCGUUGUUUUUCUGACAUUAGAACCUAUCGUUAUUCCUCAUUAUUUUGGGACUUAUACACAUUAUCUAGAUCGUGUCUUAUUUUCGGAUGUACCUCCAUUAUAGUUCAUGUAUUUCCACUUUCUCCGACUUUCAAAUGACUGCCAAUCUCUCGAUUUUGUGUCGAUCUUU